CCCAAAGAUCAUCUGCCUUGAGCGGCCAGAGCCUACCAUGGCCUCAGACUUUUCCCGCCUGCUGGAGCAGUCCAAGCAGCUCACGACGCAUAUCGUCUCGACCGGUCUCCCUCCGCUCGAGCGCUCCCUUGACCAGAUCGACUCCCAGACCCGUAAGCUCACCGGCGUCAACACCCUCGACAAACGAGCAAGCUACUUGCUCGCCAGCAAGGGCUUCGACGCCGAGCGAGUCACCCAGACUGUCAACUCCAUCAACUUGUCCAGCACAUUUGUUCCGUCUAUCGCCUUGCCCGACGAAGAUCUCGAGGGAUAUUUAACCUCCGAACACGAAGCCAUUUUCACCUCCGCGAUCGACGCGGUUGCCCAGCAAACCACCAGCGACUACGAGGAUGAGUUUGAGGCGUACAUUCAUUCGAACUGGGAGCGUGCAAGACAAAGAAUAUCGACUGAAGUUGCCGGAGAGUAUUCUGUAAAUCAAGAGACAGCCUCGUUUGUAGCCAAGAAGGGAAAGGCUGUGUUUUCGACCGGGUCGUCUCGUGGAGCCCAAAAGCCAUCAGAGGUACCAGCGAUCUGCCAGAGAUAUGCCAAUGCCGUCCGACAGAUCAACCAGGGUCGAAUCGAUGGACAGUACUUCAACAUGCUCAGCGUUUUCAAGAAAGUCAGCCAAGAUGCCAGCUUGCAUGACGACGGCCGCUCUCAAGUCAGCGACUGCUGGGAUUUACUGGCCUUUAUCCUCAAGGAAGACGCCCCAUUGCUGCCCUUGCAGUUCAUGCAGGAGUAUCUUGCCCAGGAUGCCAGCGGCGCACCUUCGGCGGAUGCCAUCCGAUUCCGUCGACGUAUCAUCGAGGGUGGUAGACGCUUUUUCGAAGCUCAGUUCUGCCAGUAUAUCGAACAGACUCGGACCGGCAUCAGCAACGGCCUCCGGGACAAGAUCAGGGACUUUUCGAACGAUCGCAGCCGAGAUUUCGUUGAUCCCGCAGUCAAGCCCUGGGCCGAGCUGUUUUACCUGGUCCGGUGUGGCAAAUUUGAGGAAGCGGUAGAGUUCAGCAAACGAAAUGAAGGCAUCAUCGAGCACGGCUUUCACCACUACCUUGAGUCAUGGUACCAGUCACCCAACCGAGCGCUCCCGGAACUAAAGCGCAACGCUCUUCUUCAAACCUGGAACAAUGAGAUUCGCCCAGACCUGAUUGGCGCACCGACUCAUGGAGCUCCGCCCAAUCCGUAUCGCAUGGCGCUUUACAAGAUCAUUGGUCGCUGUGAUUUGCAGCGUAAGACCGUGCCCGGCAACGCAGUCCUUCCAUCCACGGAGGAUUACCUCUGGUUCCAGUUAAUGCUCCUUCAAGAAGCUCCAGGGGGCAAAGAUACUCGGCAAGACUCAUACACUCUGGCGCAGCUCUCCAAGCUGCUGCAGGGCUUUGGCGAGGCGCAUUUCUCGUCUCGCGGCAAGAAUCCGGUGCUCUACUUUAUGGUUCUCCUCCUUUGCGGAGAGUUUGAACGAGCUGUCAACUACCUUUGCCACAAUCCUGUCUUCAGCGCCGACGGCGCUCAUUUCGCCAUUGCUCUCUCUUACUACGGCUGCCUGCGCGUGCACUCUAGUCCCAGUUCUCUCCAGUUCGGCGGCUCCCUCACGCGAAAGGUCGAAGGUGAUCUACCUGGCUCGGAGCGUCUCCACUUCAACUUGGUUCGUAUGAUUCAGCAGUACAUUUACUCCUUGCGACUCAAGCCUGAAGAACAGCUCCACUACGUUUAUCUCCUGGGCAUUUUUGGUGCCCAGGAAGGCAAGCCAAACUCUGCCGUUCAGCGCGAGUACACCGAUCUGGCACAGGAGUUUAUGCGACAAAUUGUCGCUCGAGCCACGCUGGAGGAAGAGGAUCUCUAUGCGCUCGUUGGCGAGCAGACUAAAAAUGGGUGGCGCCAUUCGCCCAUGGACCGCUUGGGUCAUUUGAUUGGCCUUUCGACGCCUUCCGAUAUCAAAGACAAGAUUCUGCUGCCAGCAGCCAAGGAUCAGCAGAGUACCGAAGAAUUCAACACUGCAAUCGUUCUUUAUAGUCGCUCAGGAAACUACGACGCCGUCGUCGACAUUCUCAUCCUCUUGCUAUCGCGAUCGCUGCUCCAGUAUCAGAACGAGGGCGAUGCCGCCACUUUCGAGGCCGUGAGCGAGACCCUCAGCAUUCGACAGAACACGAAGGAUAUCUUGGAAUACUACCACAAGCAUAACAUUGUUCCCAGCAUGGACAAGGUCAAGCUCUGUAUGGUUAUAUUGGGAUGCCAUGAAUUUAUGGAGCAAUAUCGCCUGCAGAAUUGGCUCAAGGCCCUCAUCGUCCUCGCGCGCGAUAUCAAGUUCAUCCCCGCCUCGACCGAAGCUGGCCAAUUGCGGCUGGCCUAUGACUACUUCAGCGGCUGCAGUGUUGCCAACAAGGAGGUCAUUCAGAUCAUCCCCGAGAUCCUUGUGGGCGCCAUGACCUGUCUGUACCAAUGCUCGAUUGCGAAAUAUCCCGAGGUUUCUGCCGAAGAAUGCAAGGAGCGAUCCAAGGCCAUCAUUCACUUUGCUGGCAUGAUCCAAUUCCGCAUUCCGAGCGAAACUUUUGCCUUGCUCAACCGAAUCGAUGUUUACAUGAACUGAACUGGCUCUCCUCCAAUAAUACAUGCGCGGACAAAGGGCUGUGGGGUCAAUCCCGAAUACAUAUAUGGACCGUAUCCCUGUCCCUUUCACUGGCAUCGUGAGCCUCAGGCCUGCCGAAUUUUCGUUGUGCCAGUGGGCAGGCCGUGUGAUUGUU